UGAUGGACGCUCUCCUCUCGACCGAGACGGUGCUCGCGGUCGCCAUCGCCGUCGUGGUCAUCGCGAUCGUCCAGCGCGUCUUCGCACCCGCGCCGCCGGCGCCGACGCCUCCGCUGACGCCGGCGCCCGAGAAGCCGGCAAUCGUUGCGCGCUACUUUACGCUGGAUGAGCUGCGUCCGUUCAACGGCGAGAACGGCAAGCCCAUCUACGUUGCGAUCAAGGGCGACGUGUACGACGUGAGCACCAAGGCGGACUUUUAUGGCCCGGGCGCCGGCUACCACCUCUUUGCGGGCCGCGAGACGGCGCGCGCGCUGGCCAAGAUGUCGUUUGAGGCCGCGGACCUCGACAACACGGAUAUCUCGGAGCUCAACUUUAUGGAGAAGGAGGUGCUGAACGACUGGAUCGUCAAGUUCCGCGACUUCAACUCGUACCCGAUCGUCGGCCGCGUGCUAAUGCAGAAAGACAUGACGCGCGACGAGCUCGCAACGUACACGACGAUGCCCAUCUACGUGGCCGUCAAGGGCACGAUCUACGACGUGACGAUCGGCGGCGCCGACCAUUAUGGCCCCAACGGCGGCUACAAGCUCUUUGCGGGCAAGGACGCGUCGCGCGCACUCGCGCUUAUGUCGUUUGAUGCGAUCAACCUCGAGAACCCGCAUCUUGACGACCUCAACGAGACGCAGACCAAGACGCUCAACGACUGGGAAGCCAAGUUUGCGGCCAAGUACGGCGUCGUGGGCAAGCUCCUGCCGUAGACGCGCCCGCCUACAUCACGUACUAGUCGUCCUUGAGGUAUACCCUGUCGUAAAAUGUGUGCAUCGGCCU